AAAAGACCAGACAGAUUCCGGGCAAGCCUCACAGCUUUCUCCUCCAGAGGGUCUUGUUCCUUUAGUAGACGCCCUGCCGGACUCAACAUGCCCGCCUACGGUCCCUCGCUCGAGGAUCAGCCCUCGGAGCGUUUCCUCUUCGGAGACCCCGCGGACAUGAAGAAGCUGCGGUCGGCUCCUUACGACGCCAAGAAGAACUGCUGGGUUCCCGAUGAGAAGGAAGUCUUCAUCGAGGCUGAGAUCAAGGCCAAGAAGGGUGGCCAGGUCACGGUCACCACACGCCUGGGAAACACCUUCACGGUGAAAGAGAGCGUGGUGCAGGAGAUGAACCCGCCCAAGUUCGCAUGCGCGGAGGACAUGGCCAACAUGACGUACCUGAACGAGGCGUCCGUCAUGAACAAUCUGCGCACGCGCUACCAGAACAUCCUCAUCUACACCUACUCCGGGUUGUUCUGCGUGGUGAUCAACCCGUUCCGCCGCCUGCCCAUCUACGGACCGAACGUCGUGUCUAUCUACCAUGGCAAGCGGCGCCAGGAGGUCCCGCCGCAUCUGUUCUCAGUGGCCGACGAGGCUUACAUGAACAUGAAAGGCGACCAGAUCUGCCAGUCCAUCCUGAUCACUGGUGAGUCUGGUGCCGGGAAGACCGAGAACACCAAGAAGGUUCUGUCGUACUUCGCGACUGUUGGUGCUAGCCAGGCGGCCGCCGCUGCACCUGAGGGCGCCGAAAAGAAGGCCACCCUUGAGGACCAGAUCGUGCAGACUAACCCCGUUCUGGAGUCCUUCGGUAACGCCAAGACCGUCAGGAACAACAACUCCUCCCGCUUCGGCAAGUUUAUCCGUGUUCAGUUCAACCGGAAGGGAAUUCUGGCCGGUGGUGACAUCGAGACUUAUCUUCUCGAGAAAUCUCGCGUGAUCUCCCAGCUGCCUGGAAUGGAACGAGGUUACCACAUCUUCUUCCAGCUGAUGUCGAACGGUAUCCCUGGCACAGUCGACCGGCUGCUGUUGCGUUCCGACCCGUCCUACUACCGGUUCGUGACGGAGGGUGUGUACGAGGUCGCCAACCUGGACGACGGGGAGGAGUUCCGCGCCACGGACGAGGCCUUCGACAUCCUGAACUUCGCCGCGUCCGACAAGGAGGACAUCUACAGGCUGUGCGCCGCCAUCCUGUGGUUCGGGAACGCAAAGUUCGCCCAGAGGGGCGAGCAGGGAGAGGUGGAAGGGUUUGAAGAAAUGGACAAGAUGAGCCGACUUUGCGGUAUCGAUCGGGAAGAGUUCGUCAACGCGAUCUGCAAGCCUCGGGUCAAGGUCGGCUCUGAGUUCGUCACCAAGGGACAGACUGCCGAGCAGUGCAUGAACUCCGUCGGGGCGCUGUCCAAGUCCAUCUACGACAGGAUCUUCAAGUUUAUCGUGGCCAAGUGUAACGAGACUCUGGAGACCGAGAUGGAGAGGGCCUUCUUCGUGGGUGUCCUGGAUAUCGCCGGCUUCGAGAUCUUCGAGCUGAACAGCUUCGAGCAGCUGUGCAUCAACUACACCAACGAGAAGCUGCAGCAGUUCUUCAACCAUCACAUGUUCGUGAACGAGCAGGAGGAGUACAAGCAGGAACAGAUUGAGUGGGAGUUCGUCGACUUCGGCAUGGACUUGCAGGCUUGUUUGGAUCUUAUCGAGAAGCCUCUUGGUAUCCUGUCGAUGUUGGAGGAAGAGUGCAUCGUACCGAAGGCUACGGACCAGACGUACCUGGACAAGCUUCAGGGCCAACAUCUGGGCAAGAACCCCAAAUUCGGCAAGCCCAAGCCGGGCAAGAAGAAGUACGAGGCUCACUUCCAGCUGGGCCACUACGCCGGGCCUGUGGGGUACAAUGUUGGCCAUUGGUUGGAGAAGAACAAGGACCCUGUGAACGAGACUGCUGUGAAGGUCUUCAAGGCUGCUUCUAACGAUCUGCUGAAGCGGGUCUGGGCUGACUACAUAACUGCAGAGGAGCAGGCAGGGCAGAAAGGUGGAAAGAAGAAGAAGGGUGGGUCCUUCAUGACUGUGUCUGCCGUGCACAGGGAGCAACUGAACCACCUGAUGCACACCUUGCAUCAGACUUACCCACACUUCGUCCGAUGCCUCAUCCCCAACGAGGUCAAAACCGGCGGCAUCAUCGACGGGCCUCUGGUCUACAACCAGCUGACGUGUAACGGUGUGCUGGAGGGCAUCCGUAUCUGCCAGAAGGGCUUCCCCAACAGACAGAUCUUCUCCGACUUCAUCGAGAGGUACCGUAUCCUGGCGGCGAGUGUUUUCGCCGAGGGGACGUUCAUGGAGGGUAAGGAGGCUUCCCGACUGCUGCUGGAGGCGACUGGGCUCCCCAAGAACCGCUACGCCAUCGGGCUGACCAAGGUCUUCUUCAAGGCCGGGACACUCGGAAUGCUGGAGGAGAUGCGAGAGGACAAGAUUAACGCGGUCCUUAUCGCGAUCCAGUCCCGUUACCGAGCCCGUACCCAGAGGGUGAUGUUCGAGAAGCUCUACAACGGCAGGAUGUCAGUGGACACUAUCCAGCGGAACAUCCGCAUGUUCUUCAACCUGCGGCACGACGGCUGGUACAAGAUGUACGGCUGGAUGAAGCCGCAGCUCACCGGGGCCAAGGCCGAGGAGCUCCUCAAGGACAAGGAAAUCGAAGUCGAGAACCUGAAGAAGGCGUUUGCUGAAAAGCAGAAGAAACGCCUGGCGAUUCAGGCAACCAUCAACGACCUGCUCGCUGAAAAGGAGGAUAUCAUGGGUCUUCUGAGUUCGGAAGGUAGUGUUGUGCGCGAGGCGGCGGAAGAGCGUGUCCGCACCCUGGCCAAGGAGUAUGAAGAGUUGGACGUGCAGUACAAGGAGAUGGAGGAACAAUGGACGGACCUGAGCGAUGCCAACAGGGAUCUGGAGAUAGGGAAAGAUAGAGCCCUUAAGAGCCGCGACGAACUAAAGUCGGCCGUGGAAGAGAUGGAAGCGAGACUGUCGGAGCACGAGAAGUCUAAGCAGGGCGAGGACUCGGUUCUCCGGGAGAAGGAGGAACAGGUGGCGCAGAACGCCGGGAAGAUCGAACAUCUCACGAACGAGAAGGCUCGUCUCGAGGACCUCAAUGCUCAAACUCUGGAGGACUUGGCAGCAGAGGAAGAAAAGGCUUCUCAGCUGUCCAAGGUGAAGAUUCGUCUGGAACAGACCAUGGACGACCUGGAGGACAACCUCGGACACGAGCGGCGCAUCGUGACGGAGGUGGAGCGGGUGAAGUCGCGGCUGGAGAGGGAUCUGAAGGCCGUGCAGGACAAGAUCGCGGAGAUAGAGGGCCUCAGGGAGCAGCUCACGGACACGCUCAAGCAGAAAGAGCAAGAAGCGCUCACCGCAACAACAGGUGUGGAGGAUGAAGCCGGAGCAGCGUCUUCUCUUCAGAAGAAGAUCCGGGAAUUCACCAGGCUUGCAGAGGACAUGGAGGACGACAUCGACGUGGAGAGAUCUGCACGCGUCAAGGCUGAGCGGGCCCGGACGGAACUGCAGCGCCAGUUGGAGGACAUGACCGAGAAGUUGGACGAAUCGUCGGGUCUGUCCAACGCCCAAAUAGAGAAGAACAAGAGGCGUGAACAGGAACUCGCACGGGUUCGCCGUGAUCUGGAAGACACCCUGGCGGCGCAGGAGGCGGAGGCGUCCGGCCUGAGGAAGAAGCACGCCGACCUGCUUGCCGAGAUGACCGAGACGCUGGACCAUCUAGCCAAGGGGAAGACCAAGGUGGAAAAGGACAGGAACAGGCUUAGACUGGAGAUAGACGACCUCAACGUCGCUUUCGACGCCAUCUCCAAGCAAAAGAUGCAGUUUGAGAAGCUGAACAAGCAGCUGGAACUGGCGUACAUCGAGACUACCGUCAAGAUCGAGGAGCACUCGCACGCCAUUUCCGAGCUCAACUCCGCCAAGAACCGACUCACGGCGGAAAAUGCCGAGCUCGUCCGACAGCUGGAAGAGUCCGAAUCGAACAAGGGCGGGUUGAACCGGCAGGUUACAGCACUAACCGCGCAGGUUGAGGAGGUGAAGCGCGCGCUGGAUGAGGAGCUGGCGCUGAAGAACCAGGCGUUCGCGCAGCUGCGUGCGGCACAGGCGGAGCUGGCGUCCCUGCAGGAACAGCUGGAGGAGGAGCAGGAGACGCGCGGAGAGCUGCAGCGACAGCUGGCCAAGGCCAACAGCGAGCUGUCCUCCAUCAAGGCCAAGUACGAGACGGACGCCACGCAGCGUAUGGAGGAGCUGGAGGAGGUGAGGCGAAAGUUGACCAUCGCGCUGGCGGAGGCUGAGGAACAGGUGGAGACUGCCACCGCCAAGUGCACCAGUCUGGAGAAGACUCGCAACAGGCUGGCGGCAGAGGUGGAGGAUCUGCAGGUUGACGUGGAGAAGGCGCACUCCCUGUGCCAGCAGCUGGAGAAGAAGCAGUACCUGUACGACCGCCAGCUGGAGGAGUGGCGCUCCAAGUGCGACGUCGCCGCCAGGGAGCUGGACAAGUCUCAGAAGGAGAGUCGAGAGACUCAGUCCGAGAUCCUCAAGGUCAAGGGCGUGCUGGAGGAGGCUCAAGAUGCGCUGGAGCAGCAGAAGAAGGAGAACAGGUUCCAGCAAGCUGAGAUCCAUGAUCUCCAAGACCAGCUGAGCGGCAACGCGAAGGUUGUGGCGGAGCUGGAGAAGGGGAAGCGGCGGCUGGAGGUGGAGAUCGAGGAGCUGCACGGCUCCCUGGAGGAGACGGAGAACGCGCUGGAGCUGGAGCAGGGCAAGGUGGUCCGCGUGCAGAUGGAGUUCGCACAGCUCAAGUCCGACAUCGACAGGCGUCUGGCUGAGAAGGACGAGGAGUUCGAGAGCACGCUCAAGCUUCACCAGCGCGCCCUGGACACCAUGAACCAGAGCAUCGACCUGGAGUCGAAGGCCAGACUGGAGGCCGAGCGGGUGAACACCAGCCUGGCCCAGCAGCUCAGCGAGCUGGAGACGGCUCUGGAGAACGCCAACAAGGCUAACCAGGAGAGCCGCAAGCUGCUGGGAUCGCUGCACCAGACCAUGCAGGAGCUGCAGAUCAAGCUGGACGAGGAGCAGCGCAUCCGCGAGGACCUAAAGGACCAGAUCGCCAUCAAGGAGCGCUACUGCAACUCCAUGGCCAGCGAGAUCGAGAGCCUCCGCGCCCAGUUGGACGAGGUGGACCGCAUUCGCAAGAUCGCGGAGGUUCAGCUUGUCGAGGCGAACGACCGUCUGAACGAGCUGACGACCCAGAACAGCGGGCUGGUGGCGCAGCGCCGGAAGCUGGAGGGUGACAUCCACACCAUCCAGUCUGAGCUGGAGGAGCAGGUCAGCUCACAGCGACAGGCAGAGGAGAAGGCCAAGAGAGCCAUCAGCGACGCCGCCCGUUUGGCCGAGGACUUCCGUGCCGAGCAGGAAGCUGCCCAACACGCCCUGAAGGUCCAGGCUACCAUGGAGGCCAACCUGAAGGAUCUGCAGCGCCGCAUAGAGGAAGCUGAGCAAGCUGCAAUCAAGGGAGGCCGCCGUGCCGUGCAGAAGCUCGAGACCAGGGUCCGUGAACUGGAGCUGGAUAUCGAAGCUGCACAGAAGAAGCAUCAGGAAGACCUGAAAGGACUGCGCAAGAACGACCGUCGUCUUAAAGAACUCACCUUCUCGUCUGACGAGGACCGUAAGAACCAGGAGCGUCUUCAGGAGCUGAUAGAGAAACUCCAGGCGAAGAUCCGGGCUCUCAAACGCCAGGUGGAGGAGACGGAGGCGAGCGCCAGCCAGAGCCAGUCCAAGUUCCGCCACUGCCAGCACGAGCUGGAUGACGCCCUGGAGCGGCUGGAGAUCGCGGAGAGCGCCCUGGUCAAGCUGCGCCACAAGACCGAGACCGUCACCACCGUCACCCGCGGGCCGGGCGGCUCGGUCGUCCGUCGGACAACCACGCGCCGCACCGAGACUCCGGAAUAAGCGCACAGAGAAGACCCAAACGGUACAGACACGUUACAACAGAAACCAGACCAACGGACCGGCAAUGGACCAGAGUAACGCUCGCUGUCGUCAGAAACGCCUGAUGACAUCAUUACUACCCUUACACCAACUUUUACUCUCCGCCAUAUCGGAACCACGUCUUAGGAUGGACUUAACAACAAGAGCGAUGUUCAGAUUACAUAGAAAUCGUUACGCACGAUAUAUUAAGUAACUCGUCGUACAGACAAUGUAGGGAGACCUGACACACUACCUUUGACAUGGUGUUUGCCGUAUGUGCGAGGAGUAAAAGUUUUAAACUUUUCCCUGUAUUUUGUUUGCAAGUUUGUUGGCGUACUAGAAAUAAAGAUUGAGAUAAUGAUA